AAAAAUAUGAAUCCAGUUAGCCCAGAGACAGUCCUGAGCGCUGAUACUUAUUUUAUCAGUGACACAGAUAUUGGCAGGAAUGACACUAGUGAGCCUUCUAAUCAUAGAUUUUGUGUCAACCAUUAUCGAGAUGCAGAUGAUAUGUCUCAAGGUUCGAAUCUGCAUGUAAAUGGACUCAACUCUGAUCUUGCUGAUAAUCACGAUCAGAGCCCUCAGAAGGUAGAAGAAGAAUUGAUGCAGCAAACAGAUGGAACUUUCAAAUUUGUUCAAACUGAGACUAUCGUUGGAAAAGCUAAGAAAGAUCUAUGACAUGAGAGUAAAUCAAGUGAUAGAUGUUACUCAGAGUAUUCUCACACUGAAAAUGAUGAGGCAAGAAAAGAAGACUCUGUAGAAACUUCUGGAGUCUGUGAUCACUUGAUCCGGAGGAACCACCUAUCUGCUGGGAAUAACGAUGGCCCAAUUAUCCACAUAGGGUCUCUGAGUGCUGAAUCUGACGAUCAUUAUUCUGAAAACUCAAUAAAUCAUAAUGAAGAGCGUAAACAGAUAACUGAACCAAAUGACAGAGAACAGAAUGGGAAUGACGAUAAUAUUGAUUUAACUGCUCCUGAGCAUUCUCUUGAUGAUGAAAACAUGAUGGGAGAUGCUAUUAAAGUUGAAGAUGAAUUUAGGGAAGAUCAGAGAGAUGAAAGAGUUAGAUAUCCUUCAAUAAAUCAAGCCAUACCUGAAGUCCAAGAAUCGGAGACUGAAAUAAACAAAAAUUCAUAUAUUGAAGAGUCUAAAAGAUCAAUGUCGAGUUAUAAUAAGACUGAAAGUUUCUCAGAAGGAGAGCUCAGAGAUAAUGAGGACUUGAUACCAAAAUGAAACAUAGAAAGCAAAGAGAAUUUGCAAAUUCCAAACUUGCAAUUUUCUCCUCCUAUUACUGGAAGUCGGCCUAGUAUACAGGAUGAUUCAAGUGGAAGUAUGAUGUCUCCUCAAGGUAGCUUCCCUUCUUCUUCUGCUAGUGAUUGCAAGAAUCGAAAUGAUGAAGAAUCUUUAUCCCGCCUUGAAGGGAACAAUGAUUAUGGUGUAGUUGAAGAAAGAAAAUUAAGUUCUUUCAAACCAAAAGAACCCCAAAAGAGAGGAAUUUUAGGAGAAAAGGACAUGAACUCAGAUAUUCCUAAAAACCUAAGCCCGUUAUCACAAAAACAACAGAACUAUAAAGAAUACAAUACCUAUAACAUUCCUAAUGGAACUUCUUUCUCCCAUGAUAAAACUCGAAAUAUUCCCUCUGAGAAUUCUAGACUUGAAAAAAUAUCUCCUGAGAAGCCUAUCAAGAUCGAGUUCUCCCCAGACAAACACGACAUCAGCAUCCAAGUUUCUGAGCACUUAGAAGAUCAAACUAACAACAAGGUGGAACAGGAAUCUUCUGAAAAUGCAAUUGUGAGUGGUCUUCCACAAACUAUUGGACUUAGCCAAUCAUCUCUUGGAGAGAUUCCAAAAUCUCAAGACAAGGAGACUACUGAGUAUUAUCCAACUCAUGAUAAUAAGGAGGAGAAGAAGAGUGAGCCGAAAGAAUCAGAACAUUCGGCAGACACGGACAUGUCCUCAAUUGCUCAAGAGGAAGAUAACAGCUCUCUAGACAAGGUUCCAUGAAGAGACUCAGAAACUGGGAGUAAUAAGGAAAAUAUGGAGAGGAAUACUUCAAAAAGAGUUCUUCUUAAUUUAAAUCCCCAAGCUCCAUUAAAUCAUCAGUUGGUGCGCAAAAUGAACAAAAGAAAUCUCUUACUAACUAAUGGAAAUCCUACUGUUGACCAGCUCCUCUUACAGAAAUACAAAACUGCAGAGGAGUAUUUGAUGAUGACAAAGAAGUUGUAUGAGCAAGCCCAAAAUCUAUACAAAACUAAGGAGGAGUCUCUUUCAAAGAAAUCAAAGAAGAAAAAGAAGGGGCGUAAAAGUAAAUUAGCAAAGAGUCGUUCUCCAAUUAAGAAGUCUCCAAAAUUCAAGAAGACCAAGAGGAAAACAAGGAAGUCGCCUCCUCCAGGUCUGCCAUCAAGGCAAAAUCAAAUGUUAGUAAAGAAAAAGUCAAUCUCUCCCCCUCCAGCUGUUUUAAAGAAGUUGAACGAGAUUAGGAUACAUCAAUGGCUUGCAGCUGAGAAAAUUUCUAAGAGAAAUCAGAUGAAAAGCAAUGGAAUUGAGAAUGUGUUUGCCAAUCACAAUAAUAACUUACAAGUCGAUCCAUUCACCUUCCAUAAGAAAAGGCAGUCUAUUAAGAAAGCCUCUUGCUUCAAGCCGAAGUUUAGAAAAUCCCCUAAUAGAGAGCUUUUCAAGAGAAGGCUAGGGCAACAAGUGAUAAAUGUGGAUAUUAAUCCAACUCUGCAUGGAAGUCAGAGUAUCCCACUAAUGCUAAAUUUGAACAUCAAGUGCCCUCAUGCUCAGAAUAGUUCUCCUAAGUUUGGAAUGAGAUAAAAUUCAUUUAUACUUUGUUAAAUUGGGGCUCCAUGUUUUCUAAAAUCAUCAUUCUCAACUUCAAAUU